AGUUCCUUUUUGGGUCUUAUUAUUCUUUGUCUAUUCUUUAUAACUCUGAAUUCUGCUCUGAAUCUCUUACUCUGUUUUCUAUUUUUUUUUAUUUGGAAAAAUGGAAAAUUUCGAGUAUUUGAAUGAGCUUCAAGUCGCUGCAGAGAAGAUGGUUCAGAGCUAUGGCGUUAUAGUUUUGGUCACGUUGUUCUUCAGAUGGACGGCGUCCUUCGCUGCAGUUCUUCUGAUGAUAUUGGAUGGAACGAAAUGGAAGUCAACUAAUAUGUGGACUUCACUAUUAGCUCCUUAUCUCUUCUUUAGCCUUCCUCUUGUUAUUUUCCAGUUCUUGAGCGGGGAGUUCGGGAAAUGGAGCGCUCUCUUCACAGUCAUUCUCAAGCUUUUUCUCCCAAACCAUUUUCCUGAGUCACUAGAGAUUCCGGGUACAACGCUUCUUCUUAUUGUGACUGCACCGGUUUUCUUCGUGGAAACAUUCAGAGACCAGCCAAACGGCCUGAGAGAUCCAGCAAGUGUGUGCGUACUCACGAGCUGUUACCUUCUAAGUAAACACACUAAAGCUUGUGGUGGUCACAAAAACUCAUUCACUCAAAAGGACAAAAUCACUUACACUAUUUGUCUUUAUCUUCUCUUUAUCUAUCCUUUUUGGUCCUCAGUUACUUACCUCUUCUAAGAUCAACUCUUCAAAAUGACAAAAACCAGACAUUUUGUCUCAGUUUAGGUCGAUCGUGAAUGAAAGUGUCAAAUUUAUCAAACUUUUAAAACACUGAUUGUUUGUUUGCGAAAGUGUUUGUUGUUUACAGCGAAUGUAUAUAUACUUAUGCAUUAUUUUACAUAUCUUGGUGAUUA